AUGUCUCGCAGCGCCAGCCUCACUUCUCUGCCGAUUCUGCCUGACGUCGUCGAGUCUGCUGCUCGGCAGACUUGCGUGUCCAGGGCUCAUCAUGUCGACCCCGAAUUCAACCGGCCGAGGGGCCUCUCGCGCGCCCCCAAGCCUCUGAAGGACACGUUGGAGAACAAGUCUGCGCAAAAUGACGACCGGUGCCUCAUUCACACCGUCGAGUUCGACUUGGUCCACGGGGACACAAUCGUCUUCGUGGAUAUGCCCAACAUGCCCAAAGACCCGAGAAAGCAAGCCGACUGCGACAACAUUGCCUACAGAUCCCACAGCUUCCGCGUCCACUCUGACAAGCUGCUGGCGACAGGCUCUGCCAAGUUUGCCCAAAUGUUGAGCCCGCUGUCCCAGUCUAGGAUUCAGCUGCGUCGCAAAGUGGUCAACAGGCUCCCCCGAGGCGUCCACUACGUCCUGGACCUGACUCCUCCAUCCGAAGGCGACGAGCUCGUCUUCCAGAUGACCGAGCUGUCCCUCACUCCCGGAAUCAUGGCCUGGUGGAGCUCCCACAAGUUCCACGGCGUCGACCGCAGCCUCGUCAGCGGCCACGACGAUGUCUGUACGUGUCGGCGCCAGGCCCAGACUGAUGGCGACGAAGAAUCCCGCCUCACUAACAAGUCGUCGCUUCAAGAAACGAGCCUGGGGUUGAGCAAGAGCCAGUCCAUUCCACCGACGCCCAAUCAGCUCAUGCAGAUGAAAGUAGACGGCGAUGCUGGCAUCUACGAGCCGCCGCCUUUCCGCCGGAUCCCCGACUACUGCCCCAUUCGUCACCGCAACGCAAUUGUUCGCCUCGUGAUGCUGAUUCAAGGCCGAGAUGUCUUGCUCGACUCGGCGAACCGGGUCUGGACACUGGUGGCCCUGGCUAACAUCCUUGACUGCACGUCGGUGGUGCGCGACCGAGUCAUGAAAUGGAUCAUGCACGGCUCCAACACCCGCUUUAUAGAAGUCUUGCCCGAGGAGGCGCUUCGCAUAGGAUUCGCCAUCAGGAACGCUCACGUCACGCAGUGCGCUUUCCGCAUCCUAGUCAACGAGCUGGCGAUCCACGAGGCGGCCGACGAUGCCGCCGAACGGAACCUCACGCAAACUACAGUCUUUGGACGAAGGCGAGGCGAGUGCGGGGAUGAGCUGAACAACCUUAUCCAGCACGCUGCUCGGGCCCUUGUCGAGCGAGUGUCCUCGACCAAAGCCCAGCUACAGAGUCCGGACCUGCUGCAAUUCUGGAAAAUCCAGGAAUGGAGCAAGCUCCGAAGACUGGAGCAUCUACUCGCCAAGGGCCAAGGGUCCGCGUUCCACUCGGCGCUCGACAAGCUGCGUCGGUUCAUGAGGUGGCUUCCCAUGGCCGUGGCAUCCAAGCUCGGCGAGGCCGCCCAACAUGCCGAAGACAACCAUCAAACUCUCUGGAGCACGGAUGUCGACCGGGCCACAUACGUCCUCCCCAAAGACUUUGAGAGACUCGAGUGCAUCAUGACGAGACUGAAUCUCAUCCAGAAGCUCCUGUGCCCUUUUGUAUGGAGGGAUCUUGGCGAGCGUUGCAGCUGGCCCCUGUAUCUGGGGCCGCGCUUGGCGGGAGAGCCCGCGGGUCGACCCCGAUUUGGCAAUAUGCUCCAAGAGUUAGAGGACUCGCUGCGGCAAGUUAUCAUUGCUGAGCCCGCCGCGGCGCGCACGUAUGAGUGGAUGGAAUUCCUGGAUUCAGGCCAAGUCCUUGCCGGGAUUGACGGUCCCACUGUCAAGUCACCGCUGAUCGACCUCGACCGCGUGGACUGGCAGGUCAAAGACGCGCUUCUACCCCUGACCCUCUCUUGGGUUCGCCACGACAUCUACCCGCCCCUCAACCUGACGCGCCACUUGCUGCUCACGCUCACAAUGGAAGAGAUGAAGUUCCUGCCUCUCUGGGCUGGCGGCUUCGACGACGGCACGGGCGGCGUCUUUGAGAGCUUCGUGCCCCCGACAGACAUGGGCCCCAGCGGGCCAGGUCCUGCCUACCACACCGGAAGAACUGUGCGGUCCGAUGCUCCUAGUCUCUGCGGCACCCUGAUCGACGAAUUUUCCGCCGUUAAAUUAAAGGAUGACACGACGGACGCCUCUGUCAAUUUUCACGAUGGCGCGUCCACGACGAAUGAGCCGGGAGGGGCCACCGCGGCACGCGACAUGUCCGGGGCAUCGGAAUCAUUCACCACGCACAGGGCAGACUAUGAAGAGGCCAGGGCUGCUGUGCCAGCAGAGCACCAGGUGUCCUGUAGUCACGAAGUGAUGUGGAUGGACGAGUCUGAUAGUGGCUGGAACGACGAGCGGCAGUCCGCGGUGAUGGACUUUGGCUCCGUGGUUAUGGACGGGUUUGAAUUUGAGGGAGAUGACCUGGAACGGUCUUUGAGCGAUCUGAGCGACAGCGAGGGAAGCAUGGUGGUUGUUUGA